AAGCGGCCGCGUUGACAACGGAGCUGCUCUAGAAUCGCUCUGCCAGCUGCCAACUUACAGCUUACAGCUUACGCAAAGCGAACGCGGCUAACGGCAAAAUAAAACAACAACAACAACAACAAGUCAAUCGACGCGUCAAUCAAACGCAUAUCAAUCAAACGUAAUAUGUGCGAUCACAACAAGUGUCGGUGCCAACAACAAUAGCAACAAAAGCUAGAACAAUAAAUAGCCAUCCGAUGUGACCACCUAAUAAUGAGCACGGCUAAUUAAAUUUCCAAAAAGGGUAGUUGCUAAUUUCUGUCUGCAGUUGCCGUUAAUCCAGCGCACAGAUAAAGCAGAUAAUGAAACUGUGAUACAUUUGGCAGUUUCGGUUGUCGCCGUUGUUAAUUAAGCCUUCACACGCUCAAGUGCGCCACUUCAAAUAGAACGCAUAACGCCACACCACCCCGCGCUACACUAUCGCAUUUCGAAAGAGGCAACAACAAAAAGAAAAGGAAGCAGACCAAGAGGAACAACAACAACAAGUCAGUAGCGCACAAAGCUAUCACCGGCAGUCGCAGAAGUCCCCGUCGCCGUCGCAGUAGCAGAGCGGCAACAACAGUUUUGCAAAGCAUAAACGCUGUCAACGCCGCAGUCGUAGUGAGCUGCGCCGCUGCCGCUGCAAGCUUAACGCAUUUUUCUGUUAUUGUUCGUAGAGAAACUUUUCGUGCGCGACUGCGCGCGAUCGUCGGCUGCACUCCCGCACAGUGCGCCCAACUUAACUCACUCGAGUCGCAGCAGCGCUUUGUGAUGCGUUGGCGUCGCUGCCGCUGCAAAGGAAGUCGAUCUUGUGACUUGUGCUUGGUGCAACAAAAGUGCAGCUAAUUGAAUUUAAUGCACAAGCAAAAGGAAUUUGAUUUCAUUUUCACAUGUGACGCAUACGCAGAGCCCAGCAGAAGCGAACGCAAUGCGGAAAGAAAACGCGAGUGACAAUCGAAGCAACAGCAGAAACCGCACAACAAGCGAAUCUGCACAGUGUAUGUGAAUGCAAUGCCAAAAUAAACAAAAUAAAUUAAGUGCAAAUACAAAACAAUAUAAAUUAACUACAUAUUACAGCGACACAUUAACAUUCAAGUCGUCAGCUUUUUAUUGUGAUAUUGCAACUUGUUAAACGAAAACUCAAACAUGAAGAUAAAUAAAAACGGACACGAAGCUCUGCUGCUGGUGCCCUCGCCGAACCACACGUUGCCCGUGCGCACGUGCUCCAAUGCGUCCUCGCUGCGCUUCAAUAUGGGUCAUGAGCGCGACAAGAGCCCGGAUGGUUCCGAGGAGGGCCUAGGCUAUACGCACACGCUGAUGUAUGGUCGUUACACGAAAGAUCUAGGAGAAUUUGCUAAAGAUGAAGCCCGAAAACUCAAACUACUCGAAAAGCGACGAAAGCAAGAAGAUAAACAAAGGAAUAAGGAAUUGCUGGGCAAGCGAGCGACGCGUAUAAAGCGCAUCUCAUCAUGGGUCUGGAAGCAUACACUGGCACGCCUGGGCGAGGACUGGGUGUUCCUAGCCCUGCUCGGCAUCAUAAUGGCCCUGCUCUCCUUCAUCAUGGACAAGGGCAUAUCGAUAUGUACAAAUGCUCGUAUUUGGCUCUAUCGCGAUCUUACCUCACAGCCCUUCAUACAGUAUAUUGCUUGGGUCUCAUUGCCGGUCUGUUUAAUAUUAUUCUCAGCCGGCUUUGUGCAUCUAAUCGCACCACAAAGUAUAGGUUCCGGUAUACCUGAAAUGAAGACCAUUCUGCGUGGCGUUGCGCUGAAAGAGUAUCUCACAUUUAAGACAUUAGUGGCCAAGGUAAUUGGUUUAACGGCAACUCUGGGCAGCGGUAUGCCAUUAGGAAAGGAAGGUCCCUUCGUACAUAUAGCAAGUAUUGUAGCACAAUUAUUAAGUAAACUCGUCACAUCAUUCCAAGGCAUCUAUGAGAACGAGUCCCGCAACUCUGAAAUGCUGGCGGCGGCCUGUGCCGUCGGUGUGGGCGCCUGUUUUGCCGCGCCCGUUGGUGGCGUUUUGUUCAGCAUUGAGGUAACCACAACCUAUUUUGCGGUGCGCAAUUAUUGGCGCGGUUUCUUUGCGGCUGUCUGUGGUGCCACGGUUUUUCGACUGCUCGCCGUUUGGUUUCAAAAUGCGGACACUGUGCGUGCGCUGUUUCUGACCAAUUUCACCACCGAAUUUCCCUUUGAUCCGCAGGAGUUGUUUGUUUUUGCAUUGAUUGGCUUCGUUUGCGGCUUGGGUGGCGCCACCUAUGUUUGGGUGCAUCGUCGCUACGUCCUUUUCAUGCGCUCCAACAAACGCAUGAACAAAUUUCUGCAGAAAAAUCGCUUUUUGUAUCCUGGCUUUCUGGCACUGUUGGUCUCCAGCAUUUCAUUUCCCCUGGGCACGGGUCAGUUUCUGGCUGGUGAGCUCAGCACACAUGAGCAGGUGACACAGCUGUUCAGCAAUUUUAGCUGGUCACGCGAAGAUUUGACCGUGGAACAGGCUGCCGUCGUAACCCACUGGAUGACCAGCUACACCAGCGUCUUUGCCAAUCUGGUGAUCUUUACCAUCUUCACGUUCUUCUUUUCCAUCAUUGCGUCCACGAUACCUGUGCCCUCGGGCAUGUUCAUACCGGUAUUUAAAAUUGGCGCCGCAUUUGGUCGCUUGGUGGGCGAACUGAUGGCCUCCUGGUUUCCACAUGGCGUGCGCUACGGCGGUCGAUUGUCACCCAUUAUGCCAGGUGGCUAUGCCGUUGUCGGCGCAGCUGCCUUCUCUGGCUCUGUGACGCAUACGGUAUCCGUGGCAGUGAUUAUCUUUGAGAUGACCGGUCAGAUAACGCAUGUUGUGCCCGUGAUGAUAGCCGUGCUGGUGGCCAAUGCGGUGGCAGCGCUGCUGCAGCCCUCGAUCUACGACAGUAUUAUACUGAUUAAGAAGCUGCCGUAUCUGCCUGAUCUGCUCCCCUCCAGCUCCGGCAUGUACAGCAUCUUUGUGGAGGACUUCAUGGUGCGAGACGUGAAGUACAUUUGGCAAGGCAUCUCCUAUCAAAAGCUCAAGGAGGUGCUCAAGAUCAAUAAGACGCUGCGCUCGCUGCCGCUGGUCGACAGUCCGGAGAACAUGAUUCUGCUGGGCUCCGUUCAGCGCUACGAGCUAAUCAAGAUCAUUGAGAAGCACAUAGGACGCGAGAAGCGCAUGGAGGUGGCUCAAAAGUGGCAAAAGGAGGCCGAGGAGCGGGCCCUGGAGGAGGAGAAAAAGAAGCUGGAAGCGGAGCUCAAGCAACGUCGACCCUCACGCUUCGAGGUGCUGCCCGCACCGGAUAUACUCAGUCUGCGUCAGAUUGCCAACGAUGAGAUGCUGCCGCCCAAGAAGCGCGCCGAAACCAUACACAGUUCCCUAACGCCACGCAAAUCCAUACUGAAGAAGACCAACUCCUUCAACUUGAAGACCUAUGCGCCCGCCUCGCCGCACAGCCCCAGCAUUACGCCCUACACCACCAUCACGGGCAACUCAGAGUUCCGCAUACGCUCCGCCUUUGAGGCCAUAUUUAAGAAGUCCACCACGCUGCAGGAUGUGCAACCGGAUCCGGAAAUGGGCUCCAUCUCGCCGGUGGCCAGCAACAAUGAGAUGCAAGUUCAGCGUGCGCCCAGUGCACCCAGUACACCCGGCAUAUCUAAGAAGGUUCAGCUGAAUACGACUAUUAAAAAGACGAAAUCGGUGCAAUUGCCUAGGGAGCGCGUCAUAGACAUGUCCCCGGAGGAUCAGAAGCAAUGGGAACUGGAAGAGAUGCUUAAGCCCAUCGAUUUGGAAAAGACACAGAUACACAUUGAUCCCUCGCCCUUUCAGCUGGUCGAACGCACCUCCAUACUCAAGGUGCAUUCACUGUUCUCCAUGGUGGGCAUCAAUCAUGCGUAUGUAACAAAAAUAGGACGACUUGUCGGCGUGGUAGGCCUCAAGGAGCUUCGCAAGGCCAUCGAGGACAUCAAUAGCAACAGCUUUGUGGCACAUCCGCGUGACGACGAGAUCGACUCCAAGCCAGCGGUGGAGAAGCCACUGCUCGCAGCCAGUGCCAGUGACAAGGCCGUAGACAUGACCAUCACUUCAAUGGAUUCGGCGCUUUCCAAUUCCGACAAUUGUUCCGACAUUGAAAUGGAGCAUCUCAAGUCUUUGGAUACGCCGGAAGUAACGCUCACAAUGCCGCCAACCGAUACAAAUGCAAAUUCAACAAUACAAGACACAAACAAUACACAGAACAUAAACAAAUCUGUUUAGGUUAAGCGAACAUCUUUCGAACCACAUAUGUUAACUCGUUAGCCACGGCAACAAUGCGUGUUUAAUGCCGUUGCAAAGUCUGUAAAGAUACAGUUAAACACUAAACUAAGUUAUGUCAUAAUUAAUUAAUUAGCUUAUCAAGUUGUUAUGUAUUUAUAUCUCGUUAGUGCAUAAAGUCAAAGAUAUCGUGAUCUAUUUUUAAGUUACAAGCAAUGCGAAAUAAAAGUUUAACAAAUAUUCAAAUUAA